UAAAAAAAAAAGAAAAGAAAAAGAAGAAUGCUGCCCGCGCAACGCAGAUGGAAGAAUCGCGAACAUGCCCACCUGCUGAUUACCUCCGAUUACGACUCAUUACCCGCCAAAGAUCCAUCCAAGUGCUGCCGUGGAUGAUUUUCGCCGCGUUGUGUAGAGAGAGAGAGCAUUCCUCAGGGAGGGAGUGUGUUUUUAUGCGUGGCGGGGUAGUGUAUUGUAUAUUGUAUGGUGGUGAUGUCUUCCGUCCGUGCCAGCCCCAGCACCUCCUCCGCGUUGGCCAGCCAUCUUGCUCGCAAAGAGAAGCUGGAGGAAGAGCUGCGUAAUGUGGAGAAGCAGGUGUAUGACCUGGAGACAACUUACCUCAAUGACUCAAGUCAGUGUGGAAAUGUUUUGAAGGGGUUCGAUGGAUUUCUGUCUUCCAACAAAACAGCGAGCAACACGAAACGCCCUCGGAAGUUUAUGCCUGAGGAUAGACUGUUUUCGCUGUCAUCAAUGACGUCUCCCGCUGUUGAAGAGAGUGCAGUUGGCCGGGAUGGAGAUGGUGCUGGUGGUGGCGGGCGAAGUAAGGGGGGCGCUACGACUCCAGCAAAUGGCCCCGGGAAGCAGAAGCGUGCACGCCAAGGACGCGAAGGGAGGAGAGCAAAGCAUCCAGGGGAAAUCGAACAGGAGGAGGAAGAGGAUGUUGACAUGCUCAUGAGAUAGUGUGUCAUUGCAGCACAGUUUAUUGUUGCAUCGUCAUCUCGAUUCACUUCGAUGUUUUGGUUGCAUCCUCAAGGGUUUGUUACAUCCUCAAGCAGAAGCAUGCACUCCAAGGACGAGAUGGGAGGAGAGAGCAAAGCCAGAAGCGUCCACUGCAAGGUUUUGUUGCGUCCUCAUCUUGUCUUGAUUCACUUCAAUGUUUUGUUGCAUCCCGAUGUCGAUUCACAUCUGUCCUGCCUGUCAUCUGUAGGCAUGGUUCGUCAUCAACGCGCAGGAUCUUCUCAGACUGGUUAUCACAACUUUGAGAUGGUUCAUAGUGUGGUGUGCAGUGUUAGGCUAGUGGUUAUGGGUGUAUGGUUUCGGCCGUUGAGGUCGUCAUUCCCCUUGGGACUCGGUGGUGUCGACAUCAUCCUGAGAUUGAUGAUGAUGAUGAUGGUCUAUGAAGGCUGAAAAGAAAGAUUGCCUAUCUUUUCGUUUACAUCGGGAGAAAUACGAUCAGGAGGUGCUAUGGCCAUGCAGGGCUUGAUCCACUUUUUCUAGACCGUUGUGGAUAGAAUGGAUGGGGUAAUGAUUAAGAAAUAGAACCUGCAGAAUUGAAAGAACAACCCGAGCUAUAGAAAAGAAGGGAGAUCAGGAGAGGCAGGCAUCAUUUUGGUCCAGCACUUGGCCUUGGAGAUGAGGGGAGAUGAGGAUAGUGUGGCACGCGAACCGCCACCACCUACUCAACUCAAAAAAUCAGGUCAACCCCCCUUUUCAGUUGGACCGUUCGUUCGCUGGCCACAACUUCUUCUUCCCCCAACCUGAGGAUAGUGUAGACAGAGGAGACGGGAGGUGGGGGGAAGAAGUUGUGGCCAUGGCAUCGUCAAAAUCGAACGGUCCAACUGAAAAGGGGGGCAGGUGCUGCAGUGCAGUGUGAUAAAAAAGAUAGUGGUGAUCUAAGGGUAGGUCGGAGGCAAGGGACACCUAGCAGCAAGACGAGGGGGGGGGUGCGCGGAGGGGGGCGGAAAGCGGUGGCCAUUUCAUCCUCGAAAUCCAACGAUCCAACUGAAAAGAGUGGUGGUUUAAUGGGGUAGGUGGAAACACUGGAAAUCUAGGGACACCUAGCAGCAAGAGAGUACGGAUGUUUGCCUGGGCUUAAACAUUAAACAGACCUUAACCUUUUGGGUAGUAUGCAGCCCUCGGAACGAUGGUUGGCUUGUGGAAUGAUUUUUAUUUUUUUAUUUUUUUGCGCGCGUGUUUGUGACUGAGUUCGUGGACCUGUUUCUUGCUGCUUCUCAACAGUUUUUUUUUUUCUUUUUCCCAUCGACUACUUCCUUUCCUUCACAAGGGCCUUGAGUGCACGACAUA